AUGGGGGAGCCGGUCGUUAGUUCCCUGAUUGGGAAAGUUGUGGACUUGUUGUUUGGUCCAGCUAUUAAGGAGAUUAGUUACAUGUGGAAUUGCGAAGAAAAUGUUAAAAUGUUGAAGAAUGAAGUUGAAAACCUCAAAGUUAUGAGGGGAGAGAUUCAACAACUAAUAGAUAUCGCCAAUUGUAAAGGAGAUAAUCUCAAACAUGGUGUAGAAGAUUGGUUAACGAAGGCAGGUGACGAAAUAUCCAACGCAGAGGAAUUUCUUGAGUGCGAAGCAAAUGACAACAAGACGUGCUUCAAUAUAAGAAUGUGUGCUAACUUGGGAACCCUUUACCAUUACGGUAAGAUGGCAACAAAGAUGGCGCUUUCACUUUCACGACGCCAAGUAAGCGGCAAGUCUUACGAAAGUGGUGUCUCUGUUUAUACUCCUGCACUCGGACCACUAGAUGUUUAUGAAAACAAAGAUCUUGAUGAUAUUCAGACCCACAAUACCGCUUUGAAUGAAAUCAUUGCAGCCAUAAAAGAUGAAAACGUACAAAUCAUUGGAAUAUAUGGAUUAGGUGGUGUUGGCAAAACUACAUUAGCCAAGGAAGUUGUUGUAAGAGUAAAGCAUCUGUUUGCUCAUGUUGCAUUUAUAACUGUCUCACAAAGUGUAGACAUUGAGAGGAUUAAAAAAGACGGUGAAGAUGCAACAAAGAGAAUAGCAAAGGGGGAGAAGGUUUUAAUUUUAUUAGAUGACGUUUGGGAGAAACUUAACCUCGAAGAAUUAUGCAUUCCGUGUGGGAGUAAGCAUAAGAAUUCUAAAAUUUUAUUGACGUCUAGAAGUGAAAAAGUGUGCCAGAAAAUGAAUGCCCAAAGUAAAAUUUAUGUAGACUCUUUGCCAAAAAAAGAGGCAUGGAUUCUUUUCAAACGUGUGGUUGGUGAAAAAUUGGAAACCGAUACCAAUUUGAAACCUGUUGCAGAGGAGGUUGCUAAAGAGUGUGGUGGAUUGCCACUCCUCAUUCAAGCUGUAGGGAAUGCUUUGAAAGAUGAAAGCAUCAACUCAUGGAAAGCGGCUCUUUCUCGACUAAAGAAACCUGCAUCAUCAGAAAUAGAUUCAGAUAUAGAGAAAGCAUUUACUAGUUUGAAGCUAAGCUAUGAGUAUCUUAAAAGUGAAGAAGCCAAGACGUGCUUCUUACUCUGUAGCAUGUUCCCUGAUGACUAUACUAUUUCGUUGGAAGACUUGGUAUAUUGUAUGGUGGGUCUAAACAAGUUUGAUGACCUAGAGAGCAUGGAGGAUGCAAGAAAUAGGGUUCGAAAUGUAGUCAAUAUGCUCACAUCCUCUUGUUUGUUAUUGAAUUUGGAGGAUGAUAAAGGUUUCACCAAAAUGCAUGAUGUUGUUCGUGAUGUGGCAUUGAUAAUUGCAUCUCAAGGCAAUACCAAAUUUCUGGUGAAAGCUGGGCAAGGUUUAAUUGAAUGGCUACCAAGAGACACUAGUUUAGAAAGAUAUACGGGUAUCUCACUUAUGUAUAAUAAGAUCCGCAAAUUUCCUGAUUAUAAGGUAAACAUACCACACCUUGAGAUUUUCCUUGUUUCUAGGAAUGAUUUGUCAAUGAUUUCUGAUGAAUUGAUUGGGUGCAUGAAAAAAGUAAAGGGUUGUGUGGAUCUAUCCCGCAUAACAAGUGGUGUUAUAUCAGCGCUAUGGAGAUUGGAAGAAUUAUGCAUUGAAUUUACGUUGAAGUUUAAAGGAGCUUCUGAUUGUAUUGUUGAGGUAAUGAACUUGUUGAAGCUCACAUACAUCGACUUACAAGUUCCAAGUAUUGAUGAUAUUCCUGCUCAUGGACAAGGUUUAAUUUAUGAAAAUUUGAAAGAAUUUGUGAUUCAAAUAGGAAACUGCAAUCUAUACACUCUCCUCAUCAAUCAUUCCAUCUCAUGGUCAGGAUGGUCAGGUCGCUUGUUACGUCGUUGGUCAGGUCGUCAUUUGGUUCUUUCAAGAGUACAUCUUGGAAAUUCAUUAGUGAAGAAGCUAAAGAAAUUGAUUGAGGGAAGUCGUCCUAUUACAAUUCUAAAUGGAAUUGAAAACUUAAAUAAUAUGAUGCCGACCCUUAAUGAUGAAUGUUUCAAUAAGUUAGAGUAUAUUCAGUUCAAUGAUUGCCCUAAUGUGUCAUGCUUAGUGGGUGAUGAUAUAACGUGUCAUGGGAAAGAAAGGAAGACAAAUGAAAUGUUUUUCAAGGAACUUAAAACCCUUAGAUUGAAUAAUCUAAAGAAUUUGGAGGUAUUGUGGAAAUGCCAAGAUGAAUAUAUAAGUUUUAUGAAUCUAGUGUCAAUUUCUAUCUUUGGUUGUCAUAAGCUAAAAAGGGUAUUCACGGUGAGUGUAGCACAAGGCCUUGUCAAUCUCAAGUACCUGUCUAUUAGAAAUUGUGGAGAUUUAGAAGAAGUGAUUUGGGGUGGAGAUGAUGAAUCUAGAAAAAUUAUUGUGUUUCCUUCCCUAACCCAGAUAUCCCUUUUGGUUCUAUGGAAACUCAAAAGCUUCUAUUCAGGGAGCAAGGAUAGUAGUAUUAAAUAUCCAUCUUUGGUUAAUGUUAAAAUGGAAUUAUUCCAAAGCAUGAAGAUAUGGGGAACUGGAAUUCAUGAAACACCCAACCUCAAAACAUUGGUUUUUGAAUAUUUUGAUGAUGUGCAAGUUCUUGAUGGACCCAAUGCCAUAAAUGAAGCGAUAAAAGAAUAUUGGAGAAUACGUACCGAGAGAGUACGAUUAAGGAUCACCGAAAGGGUUGAUCCACCAGAAGAUAUGUCGAGUAACAUGGGUGGAUGCACAUUAGUGGCAUCUCCUUUCUUCUAUCGAUCCAGGUGCACACAUUUUAGCUUUUGA